AUGCUUAAUCGUGCUGUAGUUCAAACUACAGCACAGAUAAUAUUACGUUUUUCAUGGUCUAGAACCUACAUAAAGCGGGCAUCUUUACUUCCCUUUCAGAGAGAAGAUUGGUUUGUUAAACACCACAAGUUUAAACAGCUGCCACCUGCAGAAUUAAAAGGGUUGAACGAAAUCAAACUUAUAUUUCAGAAGAAACCCAGUAAUAUAUAUACAACCAAUCGAACAUUUCGGAACGCGUUAGAUGAGUCCUUACUAAACAUUUAUAAUUCUGAAAUCCAUGCAUUUGAUAAAGUGGAGCUGCGAGCCAAAAGAAAUACAUGGAAACUAUUAAGAGAAGAGCUGUACAAGCAAUUAAACUUACCAUCUGCCUCCAAAAACUAUUGUUUUAACUUAAAAGAUGCUCUAAGCCCUCAGUGUACUUCAGAAUUACUUUUACAGUUAAUGCAUAUAGACCAAAUUUCCCAAGGACAGUGGGAUUCAAUUAUCGGUGGCAGCAGUAUUUCUAAGGUCCAAAUUUACACGCAUAUAUUAAGGAACCACUUUAACCAUAUUUAUGAAAAGGAAGUUCUUCCUUUUGCACAUCCAUCUCUUUCUUCCAAACAAAAAGGACUGGAUAUAAGCAACCCAUCUGAAUGGUAUUCUGGUGCGCGUAAAUUGAAGCGUAAAAUAGUAAUGCAUCUGGGUCCAACAAACUCUGGAAAGACAUAUAAUGCUCUCGAAAAAUUAAAGAAGGCCACUAGAGGAUACUAUGCAGGGCCAUUAAGGUUACUCGCAAGGGAAGUAUACGAUAAAUUUAAGCAGCAGAAUAUACGUUGUAAUUUAUUGACUGGUGAGGAAAUCAUUAAUGAUCUAGAUCAUAUUGGGAAUAAAGCAGGAUUGACAUCGGGUACUGUUGAAAUGAUCCCCCUGAACCAAGAAUUCGAUGUAGUUGUUUUAGAUGAGAUACAAAUGUUAGCUGAUGAACAAAGAGGAUGGGCAUGGACAAAUGCCUUCCUUGGAGCAAGAUCAUCAGAAGUUCAUCUUUGCGGUGAAAGAAGCGUACUUCCAUUGAUACAAAAACUAGUAAAAAUUACCGGUGAUGAUCUAAUAGUUAAUGAGUAUAGCAGGUUGGGUAAACUGGUUAUAGAGUCUGAACCUUUGUCGUUAGGAUUUUCAGGGUUAAAAAAGGGUGAUUGUCUAAUUUCCUUUUCUAAAAGGAAGAUUUUAAACCUAAAACUCAAAGUCGAAAGGUGUACAAACUACAAGGUCUCGGUAAUUUAUGGAUCUUUACCUCCCGAAACAAGAAUUAAACAGGCUAACAUGUUUAACUCUGGACACUCAGAUAUAUUAAUCGCUUCAGAUGCUGUUGGAAUGGGUUUAAAUUUAUCUAUUAAAAGAAUCGUUUUUACUGAAUCUUCAAAAUGGAACGGUGCUGAAAUGCAGCCAUUGGAGGACCCAAUUAUUAAACAAAUUGGUGGCCGUGCAGGAAGGUAUAAACCUAAAGAUAACUCUGACGUAAACCCUUCAAAGGGCUAUGUCACCGGUUUAGAUGACGAAAUUUUAUCUGCUGUGAGGAGCGGUAUUAAUGCACCUAUAACUUAUUUAUCAUCUGCAAUUAUUUGGCCAACAGAGGAGAUAAUCACUAGUGCAUUGGCUAAAUACCAGCCAGGCACAAAGUUCUCUACAUUAAUAGAAAAUUUUAAUCGUGAUGUCACUACGAAAUCUAAUAACCUAUACACUUUGGCUGACUCUAGUAAGAAAAUUGAAUUCAUUCGUGAAUAUGAAAAAAUUGAGGGUCUUUCUUUGCGAGAUUUGAUAAAACUAAGUUAUGCACCUAUUAGAGAUAGUCCAUUAUUAAAAACAACAUUUUUAAAAUUCUGCCAUACAAUUGCAAAGAAGCAAACCAAAUCAUUGUUAAAUUAUGCCUUACCAUUAGAUAAAUUGAAUUCAAAAUAUAUUAAGAAUGAAGAUGUGGCAUUAGACUUCUAUGAAGAGUUACAUCACAUAGUAAUGAUGUUUAUGUGGUUGAACAUUCGUUAUCCAGAAUACUUUAUUGACCGCGAAUCUGCAAUUGAUAUCAAAAAUCAUUGUGAAUACAUUAUCUAUAAAAAAUUGGAAAUAUUAAGCAAAAACCCCUAUAAGAAAAAUCUACACACUCUAGGUUAUACUAGAAGACCCAAUCGACGCUUUUUAAAAAAAUUAUAA